GGGCGCUGCAGUUGUUUUGCAAAUUGUUUUUGCACGUGUGCUUCGGCCUUUCAGUGUCAACUACUGUUUAAUUGCGGUAUAAUGGUUGUGGGCUCGUUGUUUAUGCCACGGAGAGAAAGCUAACUUUGCUGAUAACUCUCACAUAAUCUUCUUCAUCCGCCAGUGUGCAGCGAUUCAGCGCUAGACACUCGAUCGAUCACUCGACACAACGGGCCGGGAGAACCUCGGAGCGCGCUGCAUCGCAUGAAGGGCUCUUCGUCGUGCGUGUUCUAGUUUGCGAAUAUAUAAGCGUUAAGAGUCAUGACCGUUCGUCGCGACGUGCUUCGAAAGCAGGCACGCGAGGGCAUCUGCUACGGCCUGUGGGUGACCACAGGCACGGCGCUCGGCUUGGGACUGUUGCAAGCGCAGGUGCGAUACAAUGGGGAGCGAUCGGUGCCCAUGCUGGUGGCACUCGCCUCGGUACUCGAGGUAGCCGGCUGCUGCUGGAUUCGACUCUUCGGCAGCUACCAGUCGUCUUCGCACAACUACGGCCAACGGGGCAGGGCCGCCGGCUCCCUGGUGACUGCUGUGGCCAGCGUCGUCCUCAGCGUCGUAUUCUUCCACAUCCUGGCCGUUUUGUUCGGCGCUCCGUUGUUUGAGGACAGCCAACAGACAUUUUGGUUUGGCGUGCACAUGACCGUGGUGACCGUCCUUCCAAUUAUACUGUCGGGAGGCCACACCUCCUUAGGGGCCCUCCAGAGGACAAUCGUGGACCAAAAGUUCUGCGAGGUGCCGUUUGACUGGGUUCAGCGGUGGGGCAGCCGCGGUGCCCUGUUCGGUGCCUGGAUUGGAGCAGUGGCCCUGGUGCUGGACUGGGACCGUCCCUGGCAGCAAUGGCCGACACCCUGCGUCGUCGGCUCCCUCCUGUUCCGGGGCCCGGCCGUUGUGGUUGCGGGUUGCAUCUUGGCGAACCAGUGAAACAAUGCUCAGUUGCAGAGAUUCUCUACGGACCACCACUGGCUCAACUAGUCUGAACUGCCAUCUCCUCAUCAGCACCAAGUCGCUAGUCAUGUGUUAGUGAGGCAGCAGAUGCCUUUCAUAGCCAUAGUCCUUUUUUUACCCCAUCAGUGUCACCUAUUAUAUUUAAAUACCACGACUGACCAUAUGAUUACUGGCAACAAUCACUACAUAACGAGUAUGUGCAGAUAGUGAAAUUUGGCAUUUGUACAUCGGGAGCAUGGACAGUCUUCCCUGUACUUGUGAAACUUGACAGGCACCAUCAUAAAUGUCUCGAGAUCACGUCUUUUUCCCAAGUGUUUUCUUCAGAAGCAUUUUCUAUUAUUGUGGCAAUAAACUAAAUAUAUGGCAGGUUGUAAAUCUCCUUUUUAUGACUGACAUGAGCGGUUCUUAGAAAAGUUACUGCCGGGAACUGUGGAACUGCAAUUGCAAAUGGAAAUGGUGAUUUCUGACAGCUUUACUGCCCUGCAAAUCAAUCAUUUUCAAAACCACAUUGUAUAAUAAUAAUAAUAUCUGGGGUUUAAUGUCCCAAAACCACGAUAUUAUUAUGAGGGACGCUGUAGUGGAGGGCUCCGGAAAUUUCGACCACCUGGGGUUCUUUAACGUGCACGUAAAUCUAAGUACACAGGCCUCAAACAUUUUCGCCUCCAUCGAAAAUGCAGCUGUUGCAGCCAGGAUUCAAUCCUGCAUCCUUCGGGUCAGCAGUCGAGCGCCAUAACCACUAGACCACCGUGCCGGGGCCACCACAUUGUAUACAUAAAGGCAACAAUAUGCAGCGAUUCUGCACGUGGGCAGAGAUGUUAACUGCCUCACCGUGUUUAUAAAUGUGGCACUUGUAAACUUGGAAAGUUCUAAUGUUUGACAAAUCCACGUUAAUUAUCUGCAUGCAUUCUGAACAACUACACCUGCACAACUUCACUAAAGGCUAGCCCCACUUUCAUAGAAAAGUCUACGGUAAUGAAUUCAAACCUCAUUGUAGCUAAGUCACAACCGUUACCAAAGCACCUUUGUUAUAUGGGGUGUUGUGUAUAAGAGUGUAUUUGUGAGUGAGUGAGUUAUUUGCGUAUAAGAGUGUAUGCUGAUAACGUCAAACAAAUGAGAAAUUUGAAACUUUCUUCUUUGUAAUCAGUUAACUAGGAAAACGGGAACAAUUUUUAUUAUUUGCAGCCAUUUGAAGCCAACCAGAUAAUGGCCUCAUUAUCUGUUGGCUUUUUAUGUCUGUUCUUUAUAUUCAAUAAUGCUGUACCCGUGUUAUGCCGAGUUGUAAGCGCAUAAGCUAAGCUUCAUGUUAACUGUAAGAACAGUACUGAUGACGAAGCAACUAGGAUGCAGUGUUUCGCAGCUCUAAGUCACACAUGUGCUACAUAUGUAUAGCGCACAUAUGUAGAACAUGUCUACUUCUGUCUUUGUAUGCUACUUUUGUGAUGGGGCAGCACUGUUUGCCAUGCACCCACAGGUCGCUGGAUUGUACGUCUCUAGUACAUUUCGAUGGAGCCGAAAUGUACUUAGAUGUACUAGAGGCCCAUGUAGUUAGACCUAGGUGCACAUUAAAGAAUCCCAGGUAGUCGAAAUUUGUGGAGCCCUCCACUACGGUGUCCCUCAUAAUCAUAUUGUGGUUUUGGGACGCAAAACCCCAACAAUUAUUAUUAUAUAUUUGCCACACACUUUGAUGGAACUUCUGUGAUGGCAUGUUGUUUUAGUGGUUGCUUUCUAUUCGUAUAUUUUUUUCUGAUAUGAAGCACAUAUAAAAUGAAAACCUUGUGUGCCAUAAAAAGCGCUCUGCACACCAAAAUAAUUAUCUGUUUGUUAUGGUACUAUUGUGACGCAGAAAGUGUAGUCAGUGCAUUGUACUACUCAAACGCUUUGAUGUAGGCUAUACCAGUUCGUCUUAACACUAUACAUCUAGCUACAAAAAAAAAACUACUUUUUGCAACGCGAGUGAUAUAGAAAAUUUUCCUUGUGACUGUAUAUAUCAGGAUUAAACACAUGUACUAGUGACACAUUAGUGCUAUAUAUAUUAGUACACAUAACCCUUGACCCCCAACGGACAAACAGACCACCAUUCGCCCAGUGCAGCGCUCACUAAGUGAAUCUUGCCCACCUUCCUUUUUAUUGUCCUUUCUACAGAGAUAAACGGGCAACCGCACACUCCCUUUCAUACUUAACAGACCAAGUUGCAGAAGCUACACAAGUAUCACAGCCAUCUCAGCCUCUCUCCGCAUACUUAGCAGUGUAGCUGUUCCUGAUCUGUAGCGCUCUUUACAACAUAUGACUGAUUCGUAUAUUACAACUGCAACUUCCGGAUGUAACUUUACACCAAAUCACGUAUCUAUGCAGUUGUUGCCUCUUGUACGCCCCACGACUAUGUUUUGAUUGCUAUGUGGUGCGGGUGCCAUCGGCAAAAUGGGUUUCUACACAUGUCGUGGCAGGUGGGUUGUGAUUUGUGACACCGUUUGCGUAACAUACAUGUUGUAUUAUGUGACACACAAGUUUGAGAGUUUAUGUUACAAUGGAAAUACAUUACACGUGCCUGUGUAUUCCUUUCAUGUGUUCCACCCUUUUGAUAUGGUUGUGAAUGCAGACAUUGAGUGAAGUCCCUAGCUCUCGUAGAUUUGCCUGCCAUGCAUGAAAUGGAAUGCAUAAAUCUGAAACCAUGAAGGUUCAGUCUGAGCCACUGAAUGAAUAAGGCAACCUAAGUGAGAGAAACUCAUUAAUAACGAAUCAAAAGUUUCAAAUUAUUAUGUGUUGAUGCUGGGAAGGUAGGCAUAAGAAAAUGCUUUUCGUGCUUUCAGCAACAAUAAACUGGACAAAACAAUAAAGUGGACAACAAAUGUUGUCUUUACUGCAGCUGUUCACCCAAAGGCACCAUGCACCUACAGCUGAAUCUCGAUAAAUGGAAAUCACUUAAAUAGAAGUGUCACUUGCAGUGGCGUAGAUCAUGGGGGUCGGGAGGGACCUGACCCCCCUUGUGUUCAGGCUGGGGGUACACCCCUUGCAAGUGUCCCCACCUUGAGAUUUCUCUUUCAAACGUCAUAUUUGAAUCUUUUGACAGUUAAGGAUAGCGCACUCACCGCAAAAGCCACUCUGAAAUCUGAAGCCCUUCCAAUGAGCAGAAACAAAGUACAAAAGUAAAAGCUCCCUGUCAUUUCGCAAAGCACUGUAGAACACAAACUUUCUGAAAUGCUACGGGUUACUUCUGAUGUGCCGCAAAUAUUUAUUAUGCUGAGCCCUAAAAUGCAAUAUCAAAGACUCACCCUGUGUCUGAAAUAUUUCCAAAUAAGUGAAGAAAGAAAGAAUCCCCGAUCACCAACCGCUAUUUAGGUCGAAGAUAUGUUGGAAACCAUUCACAAUAAAGUAUAA